AACAAGUCGUAGGGGACGCGAGACGAGAAAGAAGCAGCCACCAUGCAAGCGGCCUUGGACGAGGACGACGGAAUCCGACCCCAGCGGCUGCACGAACUGACGUGCGACCUGAACCGGCCACGCGUGGUCAUCGUGGCCGUGGUGAUGGCGAGCUUUCUCAUUUCUGGCUUCAUCGCCCUCGGACCGACGCGCGUAGCGUACGUGAAGGCGCACCCGGCCUGCAAGUCGGCCGAGUGCACCUCCAUGGCGCAGGCCAUCUCGUCGAGCGUGAACAACCGUAUCGCACCGUGCCAGAACUUUUAUCGGUUCGUCUGCGACGGCUGGGUCAAGACGCACCCGGCGCGCGAGGGCGAGCUGCGACGCCUCGUGCUCCGCGAGCUCGCGGACGAAGUGGCCGCGGCCCAGAAGAAGGCGCUCAUCUCGACCCAGGUUCCAGCUCGCGGUCAGGACGCCUUUCAGCGACUCGCCUAUGUCUACCAAUCGUGUGUGCGUGUGGAGAAGAACGAUCCGGACGGAAUUCGAGUGCUCAAGGAGUUCUUCAGUUUCGUCGGUCUCGAAUGGCCGCAGGUGACGCGAACUCGCUCGCUGGACUCCCUCCUGACGAUGGUGAAGUUGUCUCUGCAGUGGGACAUUCCGACGCUCAUCUACGUCACCGUCAAACCGAGCCCGCACGAUCGCUCGAGGCUCCUCAUAACCGUCGACCGCGGCACCAUACUCGACAAGGGACAGGCGAUGGCGCGAAAGGCCGCCGUCCGCAAGAUAGCCUCACUCGCCAGCGAGAUCCUGAGCGAACCGGGACAGGCCGAAAAAAUCGAAUCGGCCGUGUUGCUCUGCGAAAAGUACCUCCGCGACCAGGCCAACAACGUGCGCAAGACUGCCCGCAAGCGGAACCUCGAGUUCAGGCGGGUGCUGAGUUUCAGAGAGUUGGAGGCCAUGACGUUCGUGGACGAAGGCAGCCUCUGGCUGGACGCCGUCAACGCGCAGCUUUCUGCAGGACAUCGGCUGUCUCCAAACGAGCCGCUCAUCCUGGAGCACGCCGAUCACGUGGUUGCAACAGCCAGGCUCAUUCGGAAGCCAGAACUGGCCCAAAGUCUUUUGUACUACCUCGGCUGGCUCCUGCUGCAGCAACUGGGUCCGAAAGCGGCGCUUUCCAUACGCAAGGCCCAGUUCCUGUUGGACCGACAGGUGCAGACCACGCAGGACAACGUGGCCCCGGCCGAACUAAACCUGUGGCGCGUAUGCAUGCGCGAGACGGAAGAACUGAUGCCCACGGCGUUCAGUGCCCUCUACGUGCAGCAGCACGGCGGGGCGGCGGACAAGCCCAAGUUCGACGUGAAGGCCAUCGUCGACCACGUGCUGUGGGUGACCACGGAGACCGUGCGCCGGGUGCGCUGGAUGGACGAGCGUAGCAAGUCCAAGGCGCUCACCAAGCUCAAGAAGAUGCGCGGUCUCAUCGCAUUCCCGCAGUGGAUGCGCAACAACACCCUGGCGCGUGGCCUCGACUCGGAGCUGCCGGACCUCAGCGAGCACUACCUGGCCACCUGGCUGCGCGUGAAGGAGUCCAAAAGCUCCAAGCUGCGCCGGGGACUUCGGGAGCGCCACCAGGAUGACCAGACGUACCACUAUCGAGUGUCGCAGGUGGGCGUCCGCUACUAUCCGGAUGAAAACCGGCUCAUUGUUCACCCCGCGGUGCUGACCGUGCCACUGUACGCCUACGGAGGCCCCGUGGCACUCAACUACGGCGCCUUGGGAACCAUGAUCGCGCGUCAGGUGCUCGGUGCUUUCGACAGCGACGGCUGCAACUACGAUGAAUCCGGCAACGAGGACCACUGGUGUUCCUCCGAGUUCCGCGAGGAGCUGCAACGGGGAAUGUCCUGCUACAACGAACAGUGGGAGACUUCGAGCGCCCGCGUGCCGGGCAUGGCGGCCCACAACGACACCUGGAGCCGCUACCAGCUGGCCGCGGACACCGAAGGCCUGAGGGCCAGUCUGCGCGCCUACCGGCUUCUCGUGAAGAACCUCGGCGGCGACCGCUACGACGAGGCCCUGGCCGGCCUCUCGUACACGCCGGAGCAGCUGUUCUUCCUCAACCGGGGACUACUGUACUGCGCCAACCUCAACCUGAGGCUGCUGCGUGAGAACGGACGAGAGGACAUGCUCGCCGCGCACGAGUACCGCUGCAACGUGCCGCUGAUCAACUUGCCGGACUUCUCGAAAGCGUUCCACUGCAAGCCGGGAGACCUGAUGUACGCGAGGAGAAUGUGCGCCAUAUGGUAGAAGAAAUAAAAGAGGGCUUCUUAUAA